GCGAGUUGCAAGGUGCAUUCGACCAUGAUGACACGGACGAGGACGACGCAUAUCCAACCAUUCGCAACAUUGGCACGGUUAGGCUCUCUCCGUUUUCUUACGAAACGUUUUAAUGUGACCAAGGCUCGAGCGCUUUCGUCCAAAUCGAAACCAAUCAGUGAUUCCAUUUUCCCACAUUCCAACACUAGCCUUGGGCUAGAAGCGAGGUUCGUCACUCCGCAUCUGGCCUCCAUCACACAGCUUCCAGAAGUAAGCACCGCUUUGGAAAACACGGCAUCCUGUUACGCUGCGAUAGACCCUUUAAAGCGAGCCGUUGAUAUUUUUGGCACCCUACAAUCGGGUGGAAACGAACAUCGAGCAAUCCUGGCGCUGUUGGCGGAAUGUCAACAACGUUCUGGGAACUACGACGCAGCAGGCCAUACACUGAUUGAGCUAGAGCAGUUUGUGGCAAACUCUCACAAUUUCUUAAAUUUCGAUGUGGCUUUAGCGCGUGCCAAAACGCUAUGGCUCAACGGACAAUUCGAUCAAGCCAAAUUGAUCUGUGAUGAGUUGUUGGAGCAACCAGCGAUGGAAGCCUUGCCUUUGCACUACGCUUCAGCCAGAACGGGUCAAGCCUUGGCAAGGCUACUUUCCUUGGAGACGUUGGAUGACGCAUUCUCAGUUCGCGAUCCGUCCCGCAUGGCCGUCAAAACUCUGGAACAGUAUCGCCCUGCUUUCUUACCUUUAGCAGCAGCCGAAUUAAAUGUGGGUACGACAGAAGCCGUAUACGCUCAAUUUGUGGGAAAUGCCCAUGAUGUAGAAGUCCCUCUGGAUAACGCCAUGCGAGCCUGGAAAAGAGGGUUGACGAUUUUGAAGCGUCAAUCCAAAGACAAAGUUUCGGUGCCAUACUUGGAAGCCUAUCUAAACGGCAAUAUGGCCUGGGGGUUGCUACAAAUGCCGCGACUUCCGAACAAUGUUGAACAGGCUUCAGAGUAUGCAGCCAAUGCCCUAAAAAUUCACGACAAAAUGUUGGGAGAAAUAAAUCGGGAGGGGUUCGCACGCACAUUGAAUCUUGUAGCCACCUGCUAUCACCGAACGAAUCAAGCCGUGACCUCCGAAGGAUUGUUUCAAACUGCCGUGGAUCAAAAAAAGAAUGUCUCGUUCACUGUCAGUACGCAACAAAAAAUUGAGCUUCGAGAUGUCUUCCGUAGUUAUGCAGCACUCUGUCGACAGUGGGAGAAACGUGAAAACGAUGCAGAGAGAUUGGAACGGCAAUCAAACGACAUUGAAAACUCGUUGCCUAAUGGUUGGAAAGGGAAAUCUAGCAUUCAUAGUUCCCUUUGGUUUUGGACGCCAUCCUUGUCAAAUGGUUGAGCUUGUCGGCAUUCUCGCCCUACUCGUGAAUGUAUACCAAUGACAAUGAAUUGAGAGGAUGUCUCGCAGGCGGCAAAGAAACAUAUCUGUAGCCACAAGAUAUGCAAGUGGUGGAGUUUUCAUUUCGCUGGUAGUUCAAAGCUCUCGGCCGACCAUUGUAAACACCUU